AUGAAGCUUAAUGAUACCAAAGAUGUUCCAAAGAUCAUUAAAAAACUUGAUAAAUCAGUUGCUGGAUUACACCACGCAACAGAUGGCAAGAAUAUAUUUAGAACAACUGGUAAAACCCCAAUUGCAAAUCUUCCAGAUGAUGUUACAGAUCUUAAGAAAUUAUCAGAAAUCAUGUCUGAAAGAUACACAAGGCCAUCAUCACAAUCAUUAGCAUCAAUAGGUGCUAAUAAAGACACCGUGAUCCUUAAUCUUAAUCAUUUGGCUGGAGAUGGAAUGUUUUUACAAAACUUAUUUACUCAGCUCAAGAGUGACAAAGAAUUAGACUAUGAGCCAACAAUCAUUCCAGAUGAAGAAGUCUUAAGCGAUAAUAUUAAAGCGUAUACUGGCGGCGCUUCAAAAUUUGCUUCAGUUGAUCCUGAUAUUACCAGGAUACGUACAAAAUCUCCAAAUGAAUUACAUAUAUCGACUAAAGUAGCAUCAAAAUUCGUAUCUUCUCAUGCAAAAGAUUUGAUGACUUUCAAAGUUAACAAACGCCUGAAGAAUAUGACAGAAUACUACUGGAUUAAUUGGAUACUUGCUUGUUCCACACUAGAAGGAAAGAUUAAUAAAUGCGGCGUUGCUACAUGUAUCAAUUUACGUCCAUUUGCUAAGAAUGUGAACUUAAGUGUUACAAGCUGCUUCUCACAUGUCAACGCUACAGCUAUUCCUAAGCCAGAUAUGACUGUUGGCGACAUAAUGAAAGAAUUAAGAAAUUCUUUUGAAGAAAACGUCAAAAAGGGAACACAAUACGGAGAAUUCAAGGCCAUUUAUAACGGAUUUCCACCGUGGUCACAAGAAAUGGACCUCGGAAUUGACAUUUCCUUGAUAGGAAAGUUCAAAAUGGAAGGACCAUUCAAAGACUUGUUUGUCUCGUUUAAGGUCAAUGAUUACGGUUUGGCCGGUUUCUCUUCUUAUUUCGGUUAUUCAGUCGAAAAGAAAGAUGAACACGUUUUCCGCGGAACUGUGAGACACUCUACUACAAUGUUGAGCGAUUUAGAGGCUCAGUUACUUGCUAACUCUGUCCAUUUCGGUUUAGAAAACGUUGCUCCGAAUAUGUUACUUGAUGAGGCAUUAGAUCUCGUCAAAGACUAUCAGAACACACAAAGAAAGUUGCUUUCUUCAAAACCAUAUAUCUUCUUUUGA